AACUAGCUAAAACAAGGAUGAAUAUUGUUGUUGAUGUAAACUUGUAAUGAACAAACAUUCAAAGGCAAGGAUUAAGUUGUGGGUUAACUAGAUUCUUAUCCUGUCUCUCUUUCACCUCUUGAGAGAGACAAAAAGCUUUUCGUGCAUCAGAUUCAUCAGUUGCUUGGAUUCAGAAGGAAGAAUGUGGAUGCAAAAAGCUGCAAAUUCGGAGAAGAAAGAAGCAAAGUGUAACAGUUUGGUAGCAGUGGCAAUCGACAGAGACAAAGGCAGCCAAAAUGCCAUUAAGUGGGCUAUUGAUAAUCUCUUAUACAGAGGCCAAACACUUGUUCUCAUUCAUGUUAAACUCAAGUCCUCCCCUGCAGCUCUUUCUCUUUCGCAUUCUCUUCCACCACCCAGAAAUAACCAAAUUUGUGAUAUGAAUGGUAAUGGUUCAUUGGUAUGUAAAGAUCCUGAUCCCCAAACCAGGGAAAUCUUCCUGCCUUUCCGCUGCUUUUGUACUCGCAAAGAUAUAAAUUGCAAAGAUGUGGUGCUAGAAGACAGUGAUGUGCCAAAAGCAUUAAUCGAAUUCAUUUCUCAGACAGCAAUUGAGACUAUGGUUAUUGGUGCCUCCCACAACAAAGGCUUUCUAAGAUUCAAGAUGUCUGAUAUACCUAGUACCGUAUCAAAAGGAGCACCAGAUUUCUGCACUGUAUAUGUGAUUUCUAAAGGGAAGAUUUCAUUGAUGCGAGCUGCCUCACGUCCAGCCCCUGCUGUCUCUCCACAGCGUGACCAAUUACUUGGAACCAUAAGACCCUCUCAACCAGAAGGAUCUGCUCUCCCAGCUCCUAAUACAAGAGCCCAUGUGCCACUACUGGAGGCACCACCAUGCAAAUCGACCGAGGAUUCAGAAUUCUUCAGGUCUCCUUUUACCAGGAAAGGCUAUGGAGAACUUCCUCCACCAGAUUCAGAUAUAUCUUAUGUGAGCAGUGGGACGCCGAGCAUAGACCGCAUAUCUCCAGCAUUCCAUGAUAGGCAGAGCUUUGAAGGGCGAACCCCGCCAAGACUAUCUAACUAUUCGGAUGCAGAAAGCAACAACAGUUUUGAGUCAAUUCAGAUUGGAAGAAGAUCAAUGGAUUAUAAUUCCCUGAGUGAUUUCUCAUCAGUUUCACAAGAAUAUGACAGACUCUCGUCCGUAUCUCAAACAGCCGAUGACUUGGAAGCUGAAAUGAGGAGGCUGAGGUUGGAACUUAAGCAGACCAUGGAAAUGUACGGUACUGCCUGUAAAGAAGCACUGUCAGCAAAACAAAGGGCAUCUGAACUCCAACGCUGGAAAAUGGAAGAAGAACGGAGAUUGGAAGAGGCACGUCUUGCUGAGGAAGCUGCAAUAGCCAUGGCAGAAAAGGAGAAAGCCAAGUCAAAAGCAGCCAUUGAAGCAGCUGAAGCAGCUCAAAGGAUUGCAGAACUGGAAGCACAGAAAAGAAGAGGUGCAGAAAUGAAAGCACUGAAAGAAGCAGAAGAAAAGAAAAGAGCAUUGAAUGCUCUGGCACGUACAGACACAAGAUACCGGAAGUACUCUAUCAAGGAGAUUGAAACUGCAACAAAUUUUUUUUCGGCCUCCUGCAAGAUUGGAGAAGGAGGUUAUGGGCCAGUAUACAAGUGUACUUUGGACCAUACACCUGUUGCAAUUAAGGUUUUACGACCAGAUGCAGCUCAAGGCAGGUCACAGUUUCAGCAAGAGGUUGAGGUAUUGAGCUGCAUUAGACACCCUAACAUGGUUCUCCUUCUGGGAGCGUGUCCAGAGUAUGGAUGUUUAGUGUACGAGUUCAUGGCAAAUGGAAGUUUAGAUGACUGUUUGUUCCGGCACGGAAACAGUCCAGCUCUGUCCUGGCAGCUUAGGUUUAAAAUUGCCGCUGAAAUUGGGACAGCCUUACUGUUUCUACACCAGACAAAACCAGAACCGCUUGUGCAUCGUGACCUAAAACCAGCCAACAUCUUGCUUGAUCGUAACUUUGUAAGCAAGAUCAGUGAUGUUGGGUUGGCGAGGCUAGUCCCUCCUUCAGUGGCAGACAAUGUGACACAGUAUCAUAUGACAUCAACAGCAGGAACAUUCUGCUAUAUAGAUCCAGAGUAUCAACAAACAGGAAUGCUUGGUGUUAAGUCUGAUAUUUACUCACUUGGUAUUAUGUUUCUCCAAUUGAUAACAGCCAAACCACCAAUGGGGUUGACUCAUCAUGUACAAGAAGCUAUUGAGAAUGGCACUUUUGAAGAGAUGUUGGAUCCGGCUGUGCCUGAUUGGCCAGUGGAAGAGGCUUCGGCAUUUGCAAUGUUGUCUCUUCAGUGUGCUGAGUUAAGGCGGAAAGACAGACCGGAUCUUGGUAAAGUUGUUUUGCCAGAACUUAACAGAUUGCGAGCACUUGCUGAAGAAACCAUGAACCCUCUGUUAUUUGUUGGUGGUUCAGGCAACUCACGCUCCCAUAGCCAAGUUUCUGCAGCUGAGUCUAUCAGUGACCCUCAGCUUACAGAGUCUUCUGCAUGACAAAUGCUCGAUAAACCUUCCGGCUUGAUAGAGGGAAAAUUAAGUUGGGAGAAGUUUAGAUUUUGUAGAUAAUUAAACUGAAAAUCUAAUGAACCACAUCGGGUAUCUAAAGGCUUUUCCAGUCACAACAUGUACAGAGAGAGUAUCAAGACAAACGUUCUGCAGCUUGAUAUGCCCAUCGGGAAUUUUUUUCCCUUUUCCAAGUAGAGAAACAUCCAUAACUACUCACAUCGUUACAAUUAACAGGACUAAUAAGAAUGUGUAGGCUUAGGAGGAGACCUCUAAAUUAAAAAAUGACUUGUAUAUCUUUUACUUGCAGUUAGAAAUAUACAUCGCAGAAAAUGGUUUCAAAGAUAAA